CUGAUAGACGGCACUGACUGGCAGCACUGCUGGGCACUGACUGGCGGCACUGACUGGCACAACCCCUGGGCACUGACUGGUGGCACUGACUGGCAGCACUGCUGGGCUGCACUGGUGGGUGGCACUGGUGGGUGGGCACAGGUGGGUGGCACUGGUGGGUGGCACUGGUGGGCACAGGUAGGUGACACUUCUGGGCACAGGUGGGUGGCACUGCAGAGUGGCACAGGUGGGUGCACUGCUGGGCACAGGUGGGGGCACUGCUGGGCGGAACUUGCAGGUGUCACUGCUGGGCACCGAUCAUCAGGGCACUGAUCAUCAGUGCCCUGAUGAUCGCGUGUCAUUGGACACCGCUGAUCACGUGGUA